AUGCAACAUACCUGGCACGCGCAAUUUAGUAGCUUGCGUUCUACCCCUGUGGUUUGAUGCAAAAUGUUGCGGGACGUGGUGAUUACGAAGCUCUUCUUACCAGAGAGACGAGGGAACCUCUUAUUGACAAACAUAAAACAGGAGCCAACUUCGGAAGGCUCCCCCUCGCAAAGCUUAUCCGUUCCAGUUACAGAAAUUUCUGAGCCUACUCAAUCUAAUAGUCAAACUCGACUUACAAGAUCGCAAAGCGUCACCUGUCCACCACCUUACUUUACUUCAUCUGAACAUAUAACCCUCCCAGGGAAUACUUUCUACACUUGGUCAAGAGUCUCUCAGCAACCGAUUUCUAGGACGCUUAGUGGGCAUGUGAACGAGUCCAAUGGACUUGUUACAGGAAGUUCUCUACCUGCUGUAACCAGUGUCAAUGAUUCCACUCCCCUCAUCGUACCCAGUACAAUUCCUCCACGUACACCCCAUGAUGAUCAGUGUUCAUCAAGUAACAUGAUUCAUAAUACAGCUUCCGCAGACGCACGCCUACAUAUGGUGACAGGUGGUGAGUGUGUUAAUUCGUUACCAUUUCGUAAUGACACACUCUCUGGUUCUUCUAUAUCUGGUGUCACUCUUCCUCUAACAACGCAAUCUUCUGGACCUAGCACUUAUGAUGCAUUUAAUCAUCGCCCAGUUCAUUCAUCUGUUCCUCGUCCCACACCACUAUCAAAACGAUGCACCCAACCAGCAACCAGUGUAUCACUGAAUUCACAGCCACCAAUGGUAAACACUUGUUCCCAACAUUUAGGAAGUAAUACGCGAAAUCCAGUCGUAUCUAUAGGCGAUCCAAACAGAUUGGCAACCUCUUCAGCUGCCAACAGGAUUGAUGAAGAAAUUAUGAAUCCUGCUUCCACGGAUGAUAAUCUCCUAUGGGGUCGUAUCGCUCGAAACUCAUCAGGAGAUUUAAGAUUUCCCGGCAUCAAUCGCACUUUUAAAAGUGCUUAUUCAGUCUUGAGGCAAAUUUAUCAAUCGGCUAUGGCUCAAGACAGUUUGACUUUACAGUUACCGGCAUCCGCGAUUCAAUGUGAAAAUGAGGCAAAUAUUCGUUUAGAAAACUCACUACCAAAUUCGCUACUUAAUUCAACUUCAAGAAAAGGUUUUUAUAUUUGCCUGUGUUGCCGAGCAACAUUUACAAGCAGUGCUUUGUAUGAAGACCACCUGGAUCGUACCGUUGCUCGAAUAUUGUAUCGUUGUCAUCUCUGUCGUGCUUCUUGGACAACAACUUCACGUGAGGCGGUCAGUAUCGCUGAUGUAAAUACAAGUCAUCAUCAUCGUCCGGAGGACAACAGUAGAAAUCCUUCUGAAUCAACUAGUAGUUCUGUCGUCGCUGCUGGUAGUUCGCAUGAAGUCACGCUUGCCAUGAUCCCGACUACUACUACUACUACUAACAACAACAACAACAACAGUAAUAAUCAUGAAAGCGAAAUCUCCUCACGAUUUUAUUCUGUUCUACCGGGUGGAAUUAUCAGCGCUAAUAAUAAAUGCGCCAUAUUUACUCAUUUGACAUCUGUACACCCGGAUAAAAGAAGCGAUUGGAUUCUAAGACCAUCGCUUCUUACAAUUUGUCCGUUGGUUACGCCAGCCACAUAUUUAAAUUUAGCAGCACUGACCGCCUCCACUACUACUUCUACUACUGCUGAUACACAACCUUCUGAUGCAGGGAAUGAGCCAGCGCCUACACGUCAAACAUCCAAUCAACUUGUCAAAACUCAUUUGAAUGAUUUAUGUAAAUCAAGAGUUUGGAGUGAUCUUCAACAUAGUCUUAGCAAUAUAUCUGCCCUCGGGAGUCUUGACUUUCUCCAGUCAUCAUCAACAUCAUCAGCGUCAUCUUCCUCUCAACAAGUUUCCUCCAAUCCCGUUGGCAGACUAACUCGAACACAUGACGACAUAAUUGUCGAGACGUUCUCCUCUUUAAGGCGUAUUUUUACACCGAGUAGUAGCAACAACAGUGAGAGCAAUUUACCUAGCCUCCCGUGUUCAGACAGUGUCUUAUGUCGUUUAAUUCUCAAUUGUGCCACUAGCGAAAUUUGGCAUUCACACCUUUUUCUACCAGAACGGUGUAAUGAUGAAGCCAGAGCAAUUGGUACUACUGCUACAACUACAACCACAGCAGCAACAACAACAACAAAAACAGUAAAUCAUCAAGGUGACAAUAAUCCGGUUACUGCUGAAACUAAUAAUAAUAAUGUUGGUGGUGCUGCUGUCGAAAAUGGUCAAACCAAUAACGGUGAUAACAGUGUGAAUGUUGGCGGUAGUUACAGUGCAAUAACUAAAAAACUUUACGAUACUUGUCUACCUCCAUCCGCUCCAUCCAAUGCUCAUCUGAAUUGGGCUUUAAACGUGAUAUUGUCUUCGUAUCGUUCAUCGCAGUCUUCAACUCCAUCAUCGUCAUCAUCAUCAGCAGCAGCAGCAACAGCAACAGCAUCAGUGGUUCAAUCUUCUGAUUCAAUCAACCGACGAGGUGACCUUGAAAAUAAUGAUAAUUUGCUGCCAAUACAAGCGACUAGUAAAAAUUUAAUGGUCACCUCAUCAAGUGAUCAACUGCCAGCGCCAGCAUCAUUAUCACAACAACAAAAGCAACAACCAUUCGGUGUGUUACGUUGUCUCUUAUGCAACUUUCAAACAAAUGAUAAACAAAAGCUUAAAAUACAUCUUAUGGGUAGUGGUCGAACUGUACUCAAUACAAAAUGUGGUCUAUGUGGUCAAUUAUUGAGUAUAGUACAAUCAGAUUUAUGUUUGAUUAAAGCCCAUUUACUGUUACACUUGGGAUGUUAUUUAAUGUGUCCUCAGUGUGGAUUUACGCCUCCACCAUAUUUAUCUCCGGAUUGUGCUGAAUUAUGCUUACGUGUACAUCUCCGCUUUGUAUGCUUUCAUUUCAAUUUGAGAGAAAUCUUUCAAUGUUGUUAUUGUCAUGAAAGUGAUAAUAGAAAAGGCUAUAAGUCAUUUGAAAAUUUAUGCCAACAUUAUUUUGAAUGUCAUUCAAAGCGAAUUUAUUCAUGCCUGAUUUGUAUAAAACACCAGGAACAAUUAGAAUCUAUUGGUAUAAGUAAUAAUAAUAAUAAUAGUCAACAGCCGAGUACAAGUUUCAGAGAUGAAACUGGUAAUAGUGGUAACACUGCCGUUAUUCCUAAUAAUAAUAAUACCAGUUCUGUUCCAAUGCCUGUCAUCUCGAAUAGGAGUUAUACCUCUACAAUACAUCAUGUGGGGGGUAUGCAUGCGAUAAAUAGGGAAAAUAUGCUUCUGCAACAACAACUGCAAUAUUCAACAUCUUCACUUCAAACUUCUUCUGGUCCGGAUUCUAAUAUGUUGAAUUCAUCUCAUGAUUUGGCCAACAUUUCCCUUCCACGGAUAGAAGAACUAACGCUGCUUGAAACAUCUUCAUUUGAAGAAUUAACGUAUCAUAUGAGAGUUGUACAUGGUGCACAUACGCCUAGUUCUAUCAAUUCUUCGACUGCUACUAUUCCUCCUCUUUCUGCAUGUUCAAGUGAAUCUCAGACUGUGUUAUUACCAUCCGCAUUGGUCAACUCAACACAACCAGCGAUAAUCACUACGAAUUUAUUAAACACUACAAGUCUACGUCUUCCUUUGCCUUCUUCUGCUUCUUCUUCUUCGUCGUCUACUGUUACUACAACUCCUAGUAGUCAUAGCAACGCUUUUGUAAACAUCAAUGGGGUCCCGGUGGUCUAUAGAAAUCAUGGUAAUAAUUAUAAUGCCAGUGAAAUACGAGUGAAUUCAGAUUACUCUACAAGAUUUCAGUGCAUAGAGUGUAUGAGAUUUCUUGACACAAGAGAGGAGUAUUUUCGACACUUCAGCGCUGAACAUCGAUUAGCUUGUAUUCAUGAAAACUAUUAUCGAUGUUUUGGUUCGUGUAAACGUCUUUUCCCAAAUAUUGAUGUUUUUCGAGAACAUUUAUCUGUGUGUCAGCAUGCACAAACUAUCUUUCAGUCAACAUUUGGAUAUUCCUAUACUUAUAGUAAUGAUAAUAAUGACAAUAAUAGUAAUAAUAAUAGUAAUCAGGAUAUACUUAAUUUAUUGGACCCAGAGCAUGCAGAUGACAACCAACAGCAACAGUCUGUCAGAACCUCUUCAUCAUGUGAGAAUAAUGCAUCUUCUUCUUCGUCUGCUGCUGCUUCUUCCAGUCAUGGAAUGAAUAAUGCAUCAGUAAUAUUUAGUCGAAAAUUAUGCUUCUGUGCAUACUGUGGUAUUGGACCAAGGCGAAGUAUAUCAACGACUGGGGGUAUUGUUCAUCCUUCGUCUACAAUGAUAAUAAGAAACACAUCGACAACAACCACAACAGCAGCAGCAGCAACAACAACAACUACUGCUACUACUAUGACUUCAACUUCUUAUUCCUUGUGUAUGGAUCAUCCACAUGGACAGAUUACAUCUGAUUCAGUAAUGCUGCCUGCAGAAUCAAAUGGAUCAAACGAAGUCACACAAAGUCGAAAUAACGAAAUCAAUCUAGGGUUACAGAAUCAAGAUUCAACAGCGGACAAUGGUUAUAUUUCUGAUUGUUCUCAUGCAUCAAACAACAACAACAACAACAACGCAACUCAACAGCUACAGUUACAGCCACUGCAACAACAAGGACAACAACACGAAUCUCCUACUAACCGUGACACUCCAUUCACUGCUCGAUACUUUACAGAUUUGAUGAAGUUACAAAAUCAUGAAAGAGACUCGCACUUUUAUGAUUGUCGUAACUUUAUUGCUUGUCCAUGGUGUCAUAAACAGUUGUCAUUUUCUAAGAAGGAGAAUUCUAAUGGUACUUAUGAACAUUUAUUAUCACAUAUUCAUAAACACCGUAUGGCUACUUGGUAUCUUGCACGAACACGUCAGUGGAAUGAAAAUGCUAAAGAUGAGCCAGCGCCUACACGUCAAACAUCCAAUCAACUUGUCAAAACUCAUUUGAAUGAUUUAUGUAAAUCAAGAGUUUGGAGUGAUCUUCAACAUAGUCUUAGCAAUAUAUCUGCCCUCGGGAGUCUUGACUUUCUCCAGUCAUCAUCAACAUCAUCAGCGUCAUCUUCCUCUCAACAAGUUUCCUCCAAUCCCGUUGGCAGACUAACUCGAACACAUGACGACAUAAUUGUCGAGACGUUCUCCUCUUUAAGGCGUAUUUUUACACCGAGUAGUAGCAACAACAGUGAGAGCAAUUUACCUAGCCUCCCGUGUUCAGACAGUGUCUUAUGUCGUUUAAUUCUCAAUUGUGCCACUAGCGAAAUUUGGCAUUCACAUCUUUUUCUACCGGAACGGUGUAAUGAUGAAACCAGAACAAUUUGUACUCCUGCUACAACCACAGCAACAACAACAAAAACAGUAAAUCAUCAAGAUGAAAGUAAUCCGGUUACUGCUGAAACUAAUAAUAAUAAUGUUGGUGGUGCUGCUGUCGAAAAUGGUCAAACCAAUAACGGUGAUAACAGUGUGAAUGUUGGCGGUAGUUACAGUGCAAUAACUAAAAAACUUUACGAUACUUGUCUACCUCCAUCCGCUCCAUCCAAUGCUCAUCUGAAUUGGGCUUUGAACGUGAUAUUGUCUUCGUAUCGUUCAUCGCAGUCUUCAACUCCAUCAUCGUCAUCAUCAUCAGCAGCAGCAGCAACAGCAUCAGUGGUUCAAUCUUCUGAUUCAAUCAACCGACGAGGUGACCUUGAAAAUAAUGAUAAUUUGCUGCCAAUACAAGCGACUAGUAAAAAUUUAAUGGUCACCUCAUCAAGUGAUCAACUGCCAGCGCCAGCAUCAUUAUCACAACAACAAAAGCAACAACCAUUCGGUGUGUUACGUUGUCUCUUAUGCAACUUUCAAACAAAUGAUAAACAAAGGCUUAAAAUACAUCUUAUGGGUAGUGGUCGAACUGUACUCAAUACAAAAUGUGGUCUAUGUGGUCAAUUAUUGAGUAUAGUACAAUCAGAUUUAUGUUUGAUUAAAGCCCAUUUACUGUUACACUUGGGAUGUUAUUUAAUGUGUCCUCAGUGUGGAUUUACGCCUCCACCAUAUUUAUCUCCGGAUUGUGCUGAAUUAUGCUUACGUGUACAUCUCCGCUUUGUAUGCUUUCAUUUCAAUUUGAGAGAAAUCUUUCAAUGUUGUUAUUGUCAUGAAAGUGAUAAUAGAAAAGGCUAUAAGUCAUUUGAAAAUUUAUGCCAACAUUAUUUUGAAUGUCAUUCAAAGCGAAUUUAUUCAUGCCUGAUUUGUAUAAAACACCAGGAACAACUAAAAUCUAUUGGUAUAAGUAAUAAUAAUAAUAAUAGUCAACAGCCGAGUACAAGUUUCAGAGAUGAAACUGGUAAUAGUGGUAACACUGCCGUUAUUCCUAAUAAUAAUAAUAAUACCAGUUCUGUUCCAAUGCCUGUCAUCUCGAAUAGGAGUUAUACCUCUACAAUACAUCAUGUGGGGGGUAUGCAUGUGAUGAAUAGGGAAAAUAUGCUUCUGCAACAACAACUGCAAUAUUCAACAUCUUCACUUCAAACUUCUUCUGGUCCGGAUUCUAAUAUGUUGAAUUCAUCUCAUGAUUUGGCCAACAUUUCCCUUCCACGGAUAGAAGAACUAACGCUGCUUGAAACAUCUUCAUUUGAAGAAUUAACGUAUCAUAUGAGAGUUGUUCAUGGUGCACAUACGCCUAGUUCUAUCAAUUCUUCGACUGCUACUAUUCCUCCUCUUUCUGCAUGUUCAAGUGAAUCUCAGACUGUGUUAUUACCAUCCGCAUUGGUCAACUCAACACAACCAGCGAUAAUCACUACGAAUUUAUUAAACACUACAAGUCUACGUCUUCCUUUGUCUUCUUCUUCUUCGUCGUCUACUAUUACUACAACUCCUAGUAGUCAUAGCAACGCUUUUGUAAACAUCAAUGGGGUCCCGGUGGUCUAUAGAAAUCAUGAUAAUAAUUAUAAUGCCAGUGAAAUACGAGUGAAUUCAGAUUACUCUACAAGAUUUCAGUGCAUAGAGUGUAUGAGAUUUCUUGACACAAGAGAGGAGUAUUUUCGACACUUCAGCGCUGAACAUCGAUUAGCUUGUAUUCAUGAAAACUAUUAUCGAUGUUUUGGUUCGUGUAAACGUCUUUUCCCAAAUAUUGAUGUUUUUCGAGAACAUUUAUCUGUGUGUCAGCAUGCACAAACUAUCUUUCAGUCAACAUUUGGAUAUUCCUAUACUUAUAGUAAUGAUAAUAAUGACAAUAAUAGUAAUAAUAAUAGUAAUCAGGAUAUACUUAAUUUAUUGGACCCAGAGCAUGCAGAUGACAACCAACAGCAACAGUCUGUCAGAACCUCUUCAUCAUGUGAGAAUAAUGCAUCUUCUUCUUCGUCUGCUGCUGCUUCUUCCAGUCAUGGAAUGAAUAAUGCAUCAGUAAUAUUUAGUCGAAAAUUAUGCUUCUGUGCAUACUGUGGUAUUGGACCAAGGCGAAAUAUAUCAACGACUGGGGGUAUUGUUCAUCCUUCGUCUACAAUGAUAAUAAGAAACACAUCGACAACAACCACAACAGCAGCAGCAGCAACAACAACAACUACUACUACUAUGACUUCAACUUCUUAUUCCUUGUGUAUGGAUCAUCCACAUGGACAGAUUACAUCUGAUUCAGUAAUGCUGCCUGCAGAAUCAAAUGGAUCAAACGAAGUCACACAAAGUCGAAAUAACGAAAUCAAUCUAGGGUUACAGAAUCAAGAUUCAACAGCGGACAAUGGUUAUAUUUCUGAUUGUUCUCAUGCAUCAAACAACAACAACAACGCAACUCAACAGCUACAGUUACAGCCACUGCAACAACAAGGACAACAACACGAAUCUCCUACUAACCGUGACACUCCAUUCACUGCUCGAUACUUUACAGAUUUGAUGAAGUUACAAAAUCAUGAAAGAGACUCGCACUUUUAUGAUUGUCGUAACUUUAUUGCUUGUCCAUGGUGUCAUAAACAGUUGUCAUUUUCUAAGAAGGAGAAUUCUAAUGGUACUUAUGAACAUUUAUUAUCACAUAUUCAUAAACACCGUAUGGCUACUUGGUAUCUUGCACGAACACGUCAGUGGAAUGAAAAUGCUAAAGCUCUACCACAUUGUGUAUGUGGAUUAGCCUUACUCGAUUCUCCACUGGCUAUUUUAUCGCAUGCUGGAACACACUUGAUACAUGCAGACAAGUACAAAUCAUCGUCUAUUGUUCUACCGGAUCCAAUACAACUGCGUCGAUUAAAGCGUCAACAUCCGCAUGCAUCAUCGUCAUCUUCAAAUAAUCGACAGUAUUCAUCAGAGGAAUUUCUAUUCCCUAAACCUAAUGAUCAUAUUCCGUGUUGUAUAGAAGUUUAUCGACAUCUACGAUUCGGUGUUUCUCCAGGAUUUGACGCCUACCUUUUAGAAGCAACGAAAGGAAGCUUAACCUUUACAUGUCCUAUUUGUUCCACAGUGUUGUGUACUCGUUGGGCCUUAACACAGCAUGCAUUUUCAGAGCAUUGGGGCACUUUAUGCUAUAUUUGUUGUACUUACACAUUCAAUCCUGAGGAGAAUUCGCCUUCGUUAGACAUCAGUGUUGAUUGUAAUGCACAGAUUCCAAGUGCCUGUCCAUCAGUGUCAUCUUUACCAGCUAUCGCUUCUUCUUCUUCGUCUUUAUGUCCACCUACUUUGAUCCCUUCCUCUUUGAUGACCACGAAGAAGAUAGCAUCAACAUCCACAACAGCCACAGCGACAGCAACACCAACGACUGAGAUUGUCGUGCCACAGUCAAUGAAAACGUCGGCUAAUUUAUGGGAUCACAUUUUUCAGUGCAUGAAUAGUCGCCGUGAUCUACUGAAUGGUCAUCAUCAUCAACAUGGUCCAUUUCCUCCACCACUAUCAUCAUCAUCAUCAUUGACGAAAUCUGAUCUUCGUGUGAAUGAUGAUGACAACAACCACCAUCAUCACCAGCACCACGACCACCACCAGCAGCAGCAGCAGCUGUUCAUUGGGGAUAUUGAUUUAGACCGUAGUGAAAUUUCUGAUUGUGAUGAUCCAAGUGAAAAUUUUAAUGAUUCUGUCCUCACUAUUGUGAGUUCACCUGAACAUGAGAUGAUCACUAAUACUAACACUACUACUACUAAUAAUAAUAAUGCUGAUAAGAAUUAUUCAGAUGUGAGUUUAUCACCACGCCAGAUACCACUACAUAUCAGUGAAACAUGUUUAUCAUCUAAUAUUUCGACUGACGCCGCCAUCUCUGCGACCAGCGCCAGCAACACUACCAUUCCAAUGACUGCUGCUUCGUUGUCAUUGUCAUCUGCUGCUGCUCCUGUACCUGCUACUACUUCUACUACUGCGAUGACGACAACGAAUACUGCUGCUGCUGCUGCUACUGUUGCUGCUCGUCCUCCUCUUCCUUCAUGUACUAGUCCUAUUGAAUAUGUACAUAAAAUAUUUAAUAAUAAAUAUGUAAAGAGAAAAGCAUCAACAACAACAACUUCGGAAAUUAGUGGUAGUACACGUAAUAAACGUGUAUGCCCAUCACUAAACAAAGGUGAUUGCAACAACGUACAAGGUAGUUGUCAUCGCAUUAUUGAAGGUGUUGGUGUUAGUGCUAGUGUUGGAGGUGAUGAUAAUGACCAACUGAGUCCAACUAAUAAUUCUGCUACUACUACUCCUUGUGUUGACGAGGGGGCGCAAGAACAGGUCAGCAGCGGCGGCGGAGGGACAUCACGUAGUUCUGAUGAUACAAAUGUUACUGAAAUGUCAGCGUUUGAUAGACCAACAAUACCAAGUGGAGUUGUAUCGAAUCCGCCUGUAUGUCAGAUAACUUAUAAGAGGGCUAAGUGAUGUUACGUGUGUCAAAGACGAUUUACUGCUCGUUCUUCGUGUCUGCGUCAUAUGACCAAUUUGCAUGGAGCUGUAACAUCAGAGCUGCAGUGGAAUCUUUUGACUGAAACAAAUUACGUCGCAUCUACUCCAUCUGGACCUAAAAACAAUAACCCUAAUUUGUUGUCGUUGUUGAAUAAUAGUAGUAAUAAUAAUACCCCAGCCAGUGGAUCUGGUUCAACAGCACCACCAGCGACGACGUCGUCAUCAUCGUUGUCUAAAUCAGGUGAAUCUGUUCGUGAAGAGAAUGACAACAGCAGCAGCAGUGGCGGUGGUGUUGUCAGAAAGAUAUUCUUUUGUUCACUUUGUAAUAAGUGUUAUAGGUCACGACAUAGUUUAUUAAGACAUAAAACUUCACAUCAUGGACAGACGGAUAGUCAGACAAGCAGUCGGCAAGCAGACUGAGUGAUUGAUUGGUUGGUUGGUUGGUUGGUUGGUACAUUAACUCAUACAUCUUUCUUCAUUGUAUGUUCUAUUACUGUCUUAUGCACAGUUAUGUGUUAUACAUAUAGGUACAGUUUGUACAGACACAAAGACAUAAAUGUUUGCGUUUAUUUUCGUUAUGUGUUUGUUAUAUACAUAUACAUGUUUUUUUUAACGAUUAUAAUUGUACAUAUA